CCAGCUACUUGUGUCCCAGAAGAAGAAGAGAAGAAAAAAGAAAACACCAUUCCACAAAAGACACAAGCUUUGUGAGAAAAUAACUCUCAGGGUUUCUUUAUUUUUUCUUCUUAUUUUGGGAAGGGUGUUUUGUGUAUUUAGAAACACAAAAUCUUUGCCUGUUGUCAGUGUUUUCUCUGUGUGUUCUUGGGUUAGGUCAUAAACCCAAAGUGAAGCUUUAUCUCUCUUUUGUGCAAGAAAAUCUUGAUAAAAUUGGCGUUUUAACAUACUGAGGAGGGUACACCAUUAAAUCACUGGACUUUGCUCUUGUGCCUUUUCCAUCUUCAAGGCGCCUAUGGGUUUAGAUAUGGAAGAUGAUGGUGGCAGCGAUGGGGGAGAAGGAAAUGGUGGGUUUUCACCUAAUUCUAGCUUUGGGGCAUUCCCUGAGACGGCCAUGGAUUUGGAUUUCAUGGAUGAGCUCUUGUUUGAUGGAUGCUGGCUAGAGACAACAGAUAGUAAGAGCUUAAAGGAGACAGAAGAGGCUGCUUCAGAUUCUACCGCCAUGAAUGCCAAUAGCUCUUUCCUCUGCUUUGGUGAGAACCCAUCUCAAGAUAACUUCUCCAAUGAAGAAACAGAGAGAAUGAAUCAAGAAGGUUUUGAUCAAGCAGAAAAGUUUCUACUAGAUGAAGCUGAGGUGGGAAGAAGUUGGUGGAUUGCCCCAAGAACAAGAGAAGACCCUUGUUCAUCAGUGAAGGAGAGGCUAUUAAGAGCUAUAAGCGGUCUUGAAGAGGCGGUGCCUGAUAAGGACUUCUUGGUGCAGAUAUGGGUGCCCUUUCAGCAGGAAGGGAAGAACUUUCUAACCACUUUGGCGCAACCACAUUUAUUCAACCAAAAAUACUCAAGCCUUGCAAAAUACAGACAUGUUUCAGAGACUUAUAACUUCCCGGCUGAUGAGGGUUCCACAGAAGGAGGUCUUCCCGGUCGCGUUUUCCUGCAGAAAUUUCCUGAGUGGACUCCUGAUGUACGUUUCUUUAGAAGUGAUGAGUAUCCGCGCAUCAAAGAAGCACAAAAGUGUGAUGUUCGUGGCUCGCUUGCCCUUCCUGUGUUUGAAAGAUGUAGUGGCACUUGUUUGGGUGUUGUUGAGGUUGUCACAACAACGCAGAAGAUGAAUUACCGGCCAGAACUUGAGAAUAUCUGUAAAGCUCUUGAGGCCGUUGAUUUAAGGAGUUCAAGUAACUUAAAACCUCCAAACAAUGAGUCUCUGCAGGUGUAUAAUGAUUUCUACUACGCUGCAUUACCUGAGAUAUCAGAUUUCUUGGCCUCAGUCUGCAGAAGAUAUGAUCUUCCUCUAGCUUUGUCAUGGGCCCCUUGUGCUCAGCAGGGGAAAGGUGGAUCCCGGCAUUCUGAUGAGAACUUUUCUCAGUGCGUUUCGACGAUUGAUUCUGCUUGCUUUGUCCUGGAUGAAGAGAGCAAAUACUUUCUGGAGGCAUGCUCUGAGCAUCAUCUUCUCCAGGGAGAAGGCAUUGUUGGGAAAGCAUUCAAGGCAACCAAACUGUGUUUUGUCCCUGAAGUGACCACGUUUAGCAAGACCAACUACCCUCUUGCGCACCACGCCAAGAUAUCUGGACUACACGCUGCUUUAGCAGUCCCGUUAAAGAGCAAAUGCAACGGUUUGGUCGAGUUUGUGCUUGAAUUCUUCUUUCCAAAAGGGUGCCUUGACACUGAAGCAAAACAGGAGAUGCUCAAGUCACUGUCUGCGACUCUGCAGCAGGAUUUCAGGAGUUCAAAUCUUGUCAUCGACAAAGAUCUGGAGUUAGAAGUGGUAUUGCCUGUUAGAGAGGACAUGGUUUUGUCAGAGAACCCACUUACUGGAGCCGAAACUGCAGAGGCUUUGAGAGAAAUCCAUCUGCUGCAAGAGUCCUCAUGGAUCUCCCACAUGAUAAAGGCUAACGAGAAGGGUAAAGAUGUGUCACUUUCUUGGGAGUAUCAGAAUGAAGAUCCAAAAGAUGAGUUCAAGCUCUCACCUGGCUGGGACAACAGUCAACUUGAUCCAGCCCCCAAUAAUAUUCCUUCAGAAGCUGAGCAGUUUCAACAAGGUUCAACUCCAGGACUCAGAGUUGAUGCUGGUCCAAGUACCGAAUCAGCUUCCACUGGUGGUAGAAGACCAGGAGAAAAGAGAAGAACAAAAACAGAAAAGACCAUUGGCUUGGAUGUUCUUCGUCAAUACUUUGCAGGAAGCCUCAAGGAUGCAGCCAAGAGCAUUGGUGUUUGUCCAACUACCUUGAAAAGGAUAUGCAGACACCAUGGAAUAACAAGAUGGCCCUCCCGGAAAAUCAAGAAGGUUGGGCACUCACUGAAGAAACUCCAACUCGUUAUGGACUCUGUUCAAGGGGCACAGGGAUCUAUCCCACUCGAUUCAUUCUAUACAAGCUUCCCAGAGUUGAGCUCCCCAAAUAUCUCCAGCAAUGGAUCUUCCUUGAAAAAUAAUGAACAAUUGCAUCAUUAUAAUGUUCCAAUCGAAAACGGUGGUCCGGGAGAGGAUAAACCAGCACCAAGGUCACCAUCAUCUUCUUGCUCUGGCUCAAACACCAAUACACCAAAUGCUGAUGGGGUCGUGAAGGAAGCUCACAGCGAGGCGGAACUGCAGAAUGGGAAUCAGGAGGAAACAAAAUGUCUAGCAAGAACCCAGAGCCAUAACAUAUUCAAGGAGCCUCCAUUACCAGGUAGUAGCAAGAUGAGCUUCAGAGAUGGAGGGGGAAUUAAAGUGAAAGCAACAUUUGGUGAGGCCAUAAUACGGUUUACCUUGCUCCCGAGCUGGGGCUACACAGAGCUGCAGCAAGAGAUUACUAGGCGUUUCAACAUAGUUGACGUAUCCUGGUUUGAUCUCAAGUACUUGGAUGAUGAUGAAGAGUGGGUUCUUCUCACAUGUGAAGCGGAUCUCGAGGAAUGCAUUGACAUAUAUAGAUCAUCACAGAGCCAAACAAUUAAAAUAAGUUUGCACGACCCUUUUCAAGUUAAACUGGGAGGUUCUUUUGGUAGCUCUGGUCCAUCCUAAUAAACAAUCAAAAGCAAGGUUGUAACAUACAAAGCACCAGGAAGAUUGUGCUAAUCUACUAGUGUUUAAAAAUCUCAUGUGUAAACAUAUUUCCAGUGCCCUGAAGACCAUUUUGCAAGUGGCAGUAGUAACUGGUCUCCUGCAUUGCCUGCAGAUUUUUGUGUAUAGGCGUUGCAUACAGAAACUUGUAUUUUAUGCCUGUACAAUCAUUUCUUAUCUUGUUUCUUAAGCUCUGCAACUACGCAGAGUGAAUCAUUAUGUGUUUUUCACUUA